AUCGUGUGUCGAUAUGUAUUGAUUAUUUAAAAGAAAGAAAAGGGAAAUAUAAAAAACAAAACAAAAUCAAAUAAUAGAACCAGAACCAGAAUUUGCAUAUAUGCAAAUAUUAAAAUCCAACAAAAAUUUGUUCAAGAGGUGAACAGGAAGAACUAUUAUCACGCACCAGGUGUCAUAAACAACAGGAAGAAGUUCGAAAAAAAAGAAAAGAAGAAGAGAAAACAUUUAAAUCGAUUAAAUAUUAUUCAUUUCGAUAAACGAUCAUAAACAUUCGUGAUAAAUCAAAUUUCAACAAAAAUACGAGUUUUCUGUUAAGUAAUUUAACGUUGAAUGAAGAAUUUUUCAUAGAUAUUACGAGAAAAAUUAUAGUACUAAAAGUAACUACAAUGAAAAACAACGUAAUUUAUUUGUUGCUCAUAUUGAUUAUAUUACCACAUAUUAUCUGUGAUAAAUUAGAUCAACGGCUAAUAGUUAAAAGAAACAACAAUAAUCCACCAUCUAUAGACAAUACUGAUUAUCCUGAUUAUUCAAAAUACGAGUACACGGUUGUACCAAAACGUGCAGCUUUAUUAUUUGACCAAUUAAUGAUAGCUUUACAAAAAGUCGUAGAUAAUCAAGGAAGACAAAAUAUUGGAAAUAGUAAAUCUUUACCAAGAGCUGUACCACUUCAAGUGGGCAACUCACAAAUAGAAUCAUCUGAUGAACAAAUGAUGGAUUUAAAACGACGAGGACAAGCUAAAAGUCGCGUCUAUUGGCGAUGCUAUUUUAACGCUGUAACGUGCUUCAAGAAGAAGUGAUAACAAUACUUUGAAUCAUGCCAAGUUUUUUAAUGGAUUUAUCAAUUGCUAAACAAAGUUCUUAUUAUAAUUAUUCCUAUGCUUCAACUGAUAAAAAGUUUUUUGUUUUAAAUAGUCGAAGAAUUCAGUUUGUUUCUUCUUCUUCUUCACAUAUUUUGUGAUUUAAAGAAAUCGAUUAAAAAACAUAAAGGUCAUCAUUAAUAUUCCAAAUUGAAUAUAUCCAAUCAAACAAAUUAACUAAAUCCAAAUCAAUUUAUUUUGACAAUCAUGAUUAAUUUAUUUAUUAUUGUCGUAUUAACUCUAAGCAUUCCCAAUUUUCAAUUUUUUUGUUAACUUCUAAUCACCGGUCAAUAGCUUUCAUGGCUGAUGUUGCAUUGAAAUAAACAGUAACAGUUAUAAGGUCUAACAAAUACGAUUUUUUAUCGAUCAAAAAUUACAA